AUGGCUGGCUCCGACACCCACGACGACGACAACGCCCCCACCAUCGUGGACGACGAGCACUGGACCGAGGGCGACUUUACCAUCAUCUCCUCGGAUAACUCGUACCACCUCUUCAGCGCCAGCGGCUUCUUCCGCGACAUGGCUGCGGACGACUCGGACAAGACGAAGACGCGUGAAGUCCACCUCACCGACUCGGAGUACGAGACGGCCGCAACCCUGCGCUGGUUUUUCGACCUGAUCACUUCGGCGAAACUUGACAUAGAACUCAACGACACAAUCCUAUGGGUCCUUGACCUGACUCGGUUCCUCCUCAAGUAUGACUGCCCCUGUGCCGUCGAAACCCUCAAGUUGAUCGUCAACCAGCGCGUAUUGAAACCUGGGAGCACGAGCGGAAUUUAUGGGUUCAUACUGGGAGCUCUGUUGGAUGAUGUCGACUUUUGUGUCGACUGCAUGGAGGGAACGGAGAAUAGGCAGGCCGUAUGGACGGAAUACAAUGACGAGCACAUCCGAGAUUCGUCGAGGACCCGCACCAAUGUCAAGACGUUCAACCCGGCCGGCCUGUCCUUUGAUCUCUUCGUGUCCAUACCCACCCCCUAUCAGUGGUCCCUUUGCUGCGCCUGGGACAUAGAGCGCGACGGUACUGAGCUUCCCGCUAGGUUCAAGGAGUUCAUUGCGGCGGCCAAAGGCCGGACGGACGUGUAG